AUGUCGGCCACAUGGAGGAUCAUGCUGCCCAUGGCGCUUCUCCUUAACUUUGCCGUCCUUGCCAGAUCUUUUCAAGUUCUCUACGUUGGGCCUCCGCGGACAGGGACCCAGACGAUGUUCACGGCUUUGAAGAUUCUAGGCCUACGGCCACUGCACAGCGGCUACAACAGAUCUGUCCGGGAGCCCAUGUGCAACUUCCUGUACUUCAAUGGGUCCAAGGAGGUCGCUAUGAACGUCCUCAGCGGAUUCGAUGCAGGCAUGGAUGAGCCAUUCCAGCUGAUGUAUGACGCUGUCAUGGAAGAGUUUCCCAAUUCAAAGUUCAUUUUGCCGGUGACGACGGCUGAGCAAUGGAUGAGUUCCUACAGAGAUUUUUUCGAGAAUGACAAGUUUCCAAAGGAACGGCGGAUCGCAGCUGCAGCGCAGAAGCGCCUGAAGAUCAAGCCGGGGGCGACGCUGGAGUAUUUCGACCGAAAGAUGGACGCGAAGUACGAGAACCUGGACACCAAUUCGACUCCCAGAACCUACUGCUGGGCCUGCCACUACUGGGGUUGCAACUUCGGGAAGAUCGAAGGCAUGUCCGAGGAGGAGAACCGGACCUGCUACAACAACUUCAACGCCCACAUGGAGCGAGUGAAGUCCACCAUUCCUCCGUCACGACUGCUCUUGUUCGACUUCGCGGACGGCUGGGCGCCGCUGAGUCACUUCUUGGGCCGGCCCAUCCCGGAGGAGCCUUUCCCCUUCACGGACCAUUUCAGUGAGGAGGGCGACAGCGACAGCGACGAAGAACACGAAGUUGAGGAAGAGGAAGCAUCUGCCUCGAGCUUCCUGCAGCAGAGUCUUGAGACUCACCCGAGAAAGGAGCUCUAG